GUAAUUGUAUCCACAGUGACUCUGGUUUCUGUUUCGAAAAUCUGUUCAUCCUGACCACAGAUCGUGACGCAGGAGUAGGGGGCGGGGCUUAACCACCCUGUCCCUCCCACCUGCAGCUGGUCAGCAGGUAAAUGAUUAAACUGUGUACCUGUACAGUGAAACCAGCCUGCAGCCCGGAAGACAAACACCGCUGGACAGAAAGGCGAAGUUUUAGAAAGACAACAAUGUUUUAGGUUCCACAAACAUUUGUUUCAGUUGUCCGUUAUCAUCACCUGGACUCAUGUUUGUGUCUAAAACCCACAAAAGUACAGUUGGCGUCGAGCUCACUUAAAGUUUCACCCACAAGCUAAAGUUCACAGUGACCGUGGACGGACACGCACCGGUAUCUGGGGGACUUUCUAGCGGGUUAACACCUGGAGAUGGACCGACACAGGUACUUCAUUUUCAACCAGAAGAGCGUGCUGGUCCUCGGUCUGCUGCAGGUGGCCUGUGCGGGUCUUUGUGUGGUGUGCGGCUUCAUGGACGCUGUUUUCCGCAAGGACACCCCGCUGAGCACCAGCAGGACCCCGGUGUGGGGAGGACUGAUCAUGGCCUCUCCAGGUGUACUGGCGCUGUUCGCCUCCCAGAGGAAAAACUCAACACUGGUGAGUGUGAUGGUGGUAGCAGCAGGACUCUCCUGUGUGGCUGCAGUUAUUAUCUCCGGUUACUCCUGCCUCACACUCACUUACGGGGAGGAGGAUGAAGAGGUCUUCCACCACCACGACAGUCCUCAAGUGACGUUUGUGCUCCAUCGCAUGGUGAAGGGGGCCAAUGCCACCAUUCUGCUGACCUGCACCAUCGGCCUGGUUCUCUCCUCUCUCAUCGCCUACGUGGGCUGCCGGAGUCUUCCUGGCUGCGGCUGCUAUGACGCCAGAACUGGAUUGGAGACACUGGUCCCUCAGUGUGACCCUGGGGACACUGAGAUGGUUUGUACAUGGCAAGCAGGAGGUGACGACAGGCUUUUCAACUCUCCUGCUCAGUCCACAGAGCAGGGUCCCACUGAAGAGGAGGGUCCUUCCAAACUGCCUCCGUACAGCAGACUGACCUGACACUACACAGACUGGUGUGUAACUGCCUACACAUUUCUUCACUGUUGGAUGGACAGAGGGAAGAAAUCCCCAAAGCCUCGACUGAAGAUGUUUGUAAAGAGAUGUUUGUAAAGAGAUGAGUCGUUGGUGCUCUUGAUUAGACUCAGCACUUUGGACUGUGGCGCUGUCUUUAUUUCCUCUUUGACCAAAGAUUUCUGUCGCCACUAGACCCCGCCAAAGUUGAAUACCUGUUAAUGUAACGUGUACCAGACUGAAAUGCCUGAUUCCCUGUAUGCUGUGUGAAAAUGAUAUAACCUCAUGACAUUUUAUGUGUAUUUAAUAAAUAAAACCUGACUGAGCUGUUCAA